AUGCAGACACCAAAAGCAAGAGUUAGUGCUUCAGAAAUGUCACAAAGGAAAUCUCCUGCAACCCCUCGAACUGCUCGCCAGUUGAAGACACCAAACUCUGGUUCUAACUCAGCCUCCUCCUCUCCAAACCCCAUAAGAAAGAUGCCAAAAGACAUGAGUCCGAAAGUUAAUGAACGCAGGUUAUCACACAGUCCAAUAUCUGAGAAGAAGCGACCUAGCAAGGUUCAGGAAUUGGAAUCUCAGAUUGCUAAGCUUCAAGAAGAUCUGAAAAGUGCUAAGGAUCAACUUAGCACAUCGGAGUCAUGGAAGAGAAAAGCUGAAGAGGAGAUUGAAGAAGCAAAGAAGCAGAUACUAUCUUUGUCAAAGGAGCUGGAGGAAUCCCAUCAACAGUUUUCGGAACUCUCCGCUUCCGAUGAAGCGCGGCUUCAAGAACUAAGUAAAAUAUCUCAGGAUCGAGAUCGAGCAUGGCAGUCUGAACUGGAGGCUGUCCAGAAGCAGCACUCAAUGGAUUCAUCUGCACUGGCGUCUGCCAUUAAUGAAAUACAGAAAUUGAAAAGUCAACUAGAAAGAGCAUGUGAGUCCGAAUCUACUCAAAAUAACAAUGCUGAGAUUCAGGACUUGAGGAUGGAUCUUAGUGAAGCUAUCUCUAUUAUGGAAAAACUAAAAAAUGAGGCUAGUGAUUGCAAAGAUUCCGAAUCUCGAGCCUUAGAAGUAAUUGGCAAAAUGCAAAUGCAAUUGGAAACAGUAAAUAAGACGGUGGAAACCCUUCGAUCGGAUGGUGUAAAAGCAGCAGAAGCUUACAGGUCCCUGACUUUGGAGUUAGAGCAAUCAAGAACUCAAGCAAAAUCCUUGGAGGAGCUUGUGAGGAAACUUGAGACUGAUUCAACCAAUGAAAAUAGACUUUAUCAUGAAAAUGAGGAGAUAAACGAGCUGAAAGGCGAACUUUUCUCUGCUAAAUCUGAAGUAGGGCAGUUGAAGUCUGCAUUGGAAGUUGCGGAGAUAAGAUACCAAGAGGAGUAUAUCCAGAGCACACUGCAGAUUAGAAGUGCUUACGAACAACUUGAACGUACAAAAUCAGAGUCCUGUCAGAGAGAGGCUGAAUUGUACGAGGAAUUGAGGAAAGCUAGAGCUGAUAUUGAAGAGCUCAACACAAGUUUGAAGGAAAAGGAAUCUCAAUUGCUGAUUAUGUCAGCAGAGAACAAGGGACUUGAUGAAAACAAAUUGGCUGAUAGGGAAUUUAAACUUGCAGAAGAGCUCAAAAAAUUGGAUACUGAUAUUGUGGAGUGGAAGGAAAAAUUAUUAGAUAGAGAGACCGAGUUGAAAAACGUAACUGAAGAAAACAGUAUGCUUAAGAUGGAGAUAAAGGAGUUGGAGAAGAAUAAAGUCACCGAUGAGGCUGUUGCAUCUGUUGAGACAGCAAGGGCUGCGGAGCAAGAGGCUUUGACGAAACUUAGCUAUGUAAUGGAAGAAGCGGAUAAAAGUAACAGAAGAGUGGCCCGUGUAACCGAACAGUUAGAUGCUUCUCAGGCUGCAAAUUCGGAGUUAGAAGCUGAAUUAAGGAGAUUGAAAGUUCAGUCUGAUCAGUGGAGAAAGGCUGCUGAAGCAGCCGCAUCCAUACUUUCUACCACAGGAAACAAUGGCAAACGCGUAGGUAAAAACGGCUCACUUGACAGUAGCUUCAAUUCAAUUUCUAGCAAGACAAUGAAUUCACCUUAUUUAGAAGACACAGAUGAUGAGUCCCCAAAAAAGAAAAAUACAAACAUGCUGAAGAAGAUUGGAGUGUUAUGGAGGAAGAAUCAUCAUUAA